AUGGCUGAAGCGGAUGAGAGACGGGACGUACAGCUGGUAGGUCUUGGGGCUCUUGCGAGAGUGAAUCUCAUAGCCCUCGGACAAACGCGUAUCCGAAGCGACGAGGGCAAAGUCUUCGCCAGCCACACCCAGGACGGUGCUGUUGCGAAGCCAGACAGACAAGCAGCGUCAGAGGUGGUUACAGACAGAUACAACAACACGGUAUCCAAGGCGUGCGAUGCCAUGGUAGAAAAGGGCUUUGCCUACGAGCGCUCCGUUGGGGCUUUUGUUGAUGAGCUACAUGCGCUGGGCAAUGAUGCAGCGUACCGCAAUGAUGCCACACUCCCAUCCGCGCUCAACCAGUUUACAAGCGCGCUCCGCGAGCUGCAAAGCCAUCGCACGCUGCUUCUACAACAAGCCAAGGCCACCGUAGCUGAAUCGUUGAGGCAAUAUGUGGCACGUGACGUUAGGGGCGUCAAGGACCUGGCCAAACUCUACCAUAAAAUGAGCGAUGACCUGGAUGCUGCCCGAGCCCGCCGUGCGGCUUGCCCACCCAGUUCGUCGCAUCUCUCUCUCUCUCUCUCUCCCCAGCCCGAAAACUGCAGGCUCACCAAAGAGGGGUAUCUCUUUAAGCGGGCUCACAACGUCAUGCGGACAUGGUCACGGCGCUGGUUCAUUCUGCGCGGUGGGCAGCUGCUAUACGUCAACCGCGACAAGGAAGAACCUCCACAAGCCUUUGUCGAGGAUUUGCGCAUCUGCACCGUGAAAGCAGAGCCGUCCGAGUCCAUCGACCGCACCAAUUGCUUUGAAAUCAUCACUCCCUCCCGCAACUUUAUUCUACAAGCUGACAAUGGCAUCGAGAAGGAGCGCUGGAUUCUAGCCCUCCAAACCGGGAUUAGUGACGCGCUCAACAACAAUGCCCAGACUUCAGUAGCUUCAGCUCAACGCAUGACGGUUGGUUUCAGCUGGCCUGCAUCCAGAGUCAUCACGAGCAGACACGCUCACAGCCAAACAUGUUCUUGCAACCCAACCUUGCAGCCACUGGAAUCCGGUGACCAGGCUCGCGAGUCGCAGCGCCGUGAAUUGCAAAACGACAUUGCUGCCUUGCCAGGCAACGAACUCUGUGCCGACUGUGGUCGUGCCAAGCCCUCCUGGGUGGCCAUCAACAUGGGCGUCUGCCUCUGCAUCAACUGUUCGGGCGUCCAUCGCUCGCUUGGUACCCACUUUUCAAAAGUGCGCUCCCUCGGGCUAGAUCAUAUUGAUGCCGAAAUCUGCAAGGUCAUUGGGUGCUUGGGCAACGUACGCUGCAACUCGGUCCUCGAGUUUGUGUCUGAUGAGGUUCAACCCUUGAAGAAGCAGCUUGCAGAAGCAUCUGAGAGUGAUUUGCGCGAGCUGGUGGAACAGUUUAUCCUCAACAAGUAUAUUUACAAAAAGUUUAUCGACCCGACCCUGGACGUUGACCAGCUGCAGGAGGAUCUCUUUGUGGCUGCCGGGGAGGGCGAUGUGGCGACAGCCUCUGCUUGUCUGCUGGGUGGCGCAGACAUCAACGCAUACAACGAUGAUGGCCUGACCCCUUUGAUGUUGGCGGCUGAGUUGGAUGAUACCGCAGACUUGGAGGACUGGAUUCGAGUUGGUCUGGAUGCCUUUCAGCAAGCAGCCAUGCCCCAGCUACCCACUGUGAUUGAAGACACCCAUGCCCCUUCCGUUUCCGUGUCAACGACUACGGGCAAAUUAGCCAUCACCGAUCUCAGCCAGGAUCUGGACGCCAACCUCGGCUGCAUGGUUCUCUCUGACUACGAGCAACCGGGGCGCUACCACAAGUGGAUGAAGGGCUUUCGUAACCCACCCCUCAUGCUCACGAGCCGUGAAUACGCCUUCCAGCUCACCGCUCUCAACGAUCGUGGCCAAAUCCUCCUCCCCGCCAUUCGCCGAGAACUCGAGCAGACGCAAUACAUCGACAACCUCACUGUGGAAAGCGACUUUUUACAGGGCCGCGUCGCCCGUCCCGAUCGCCGCUUUCUCGAGGAAGAGCGCAGUCGCCAGCCCAGCAUCUUUACGGUCGUGCGCGCCAUUGCCAACGCCUUUCACAGCCCAGCCGAUGCCGUGCUCGGCUUGUAUGGCGCCUUUGGAUACGAUCUCACAUUCCAGUUUGAGCCGACCAAAUUGCGCAUGACCCGUCCUGCACACCAGCGCGACAUUGUGCUCUACAUCCCCGACGAAGUUGUUGUUUGGGAUCCCCGUGAAGACCUGGCCUUUGUCUACUCUUACGACUUUGCUUGGGAUGGCAAGUCCACCCAGGGACUGCCGCGAACCGGGCCCAAGACGGUUGUGCAGUACGCAGACGAGCUGGAACGCUCUCAGGAUCACGAACCCGGCCAAUACGCGACCAAGGUGGCCAAGGCCAAAGAAAAGUUUAAGCGUGGAGACUUGUUUGAAUGCGUUCUCAGCCAGUCGUUUUACUCGCUAUUGCCGUGCCCUCCGUCGGAGCUGUUUCGUCGCUUGCGCAAGGGCAACCCGGCACCGUUUACCUUCAUCAUGAACUUGGGCUCCAACGAGUAUCUGGUGGGCGGCUCGCCCGAGAUGUACGUGCGGGUGCAAGGUGAUGAGGUGGAGACGUGCCCCAUCUCCGGCACGAUCCGCCGAGGGCGUGACCCCGUGGAGGAUGCCAAGCAGAUCUUGACCCUUUUGGCCGACCCCAAGGAAGAGUCGGAGCUGACCAUGUGCACGGAUGUGGACCGGAACGACAAGUCGCGCAUUUGCGAGGCAGGCAGCGUCAAGGUGGUGGGCCGCCGCCAAAUUGAAAUGUACUCACGCUUGAUCCACACUGUGGAUCACGUCAAGGGCAAGCUGCGUGAAGGAUUUGAUGCCCUGGAUGCAUUUUUAUGCCAUACCUGGGCCGUGACCGUCACGGGGGCCCCCAAACCUUGGGCCAUUCAGUUUGUCGAGGACAUGGAGGAGUCGCCGCGCGGUUGGUACGCAGGUGCGGUGGGAGCUCUGCACUUUGAUGGCUCUUUGAACACGGGCCUCACCUUGCGCACGAUCCAAAUUCACAACGGCGUGGCUUCAGUACGCGCGGGGGCCACUCUCUUGUACGAUUCGGAACCGGACAAGGAGGAGCAGGAGACGCGCCUCAAAGCCUCGGCGUUCUUGGAUGUCUUGCGUGUGGCGCCCGAGGACAUGUCAGAGGCCCUUUCAGCGUAUCAAGGCGAGCAGCGACGCGCUGGUGCUGGCCUUCGCGUUGUUGUGAUUGAUCACCAGGACUCUUUUGUGCACACGCUGGCCAAUUACCUGCGACAAACGGGGGCCGAGGUGAUGACGCUGCGCACGGGCUUUCAACCAGCCGAGCUGCAAGCACUUCACCCGGACAUGGCUCUGCUCUCACCAGGUCCCGGUUGCCCAGCCGACUUCAACGUGUCGGGUGAAAUUGCCUUGCUGAUGCGACUGUGCAUCCCCACCUUUGGCGUGUGCCUGGGCUUGCAAGGCAUGGUGGAGCACUUUGGCGGCCGGCUUGACGUGUUGCAAUAUCCCCUGCACGGCAAGCCUACAGCCAUUGAUGUGGUGGAACCGCGCUCGUACAUUUUCAAGGACCUCCCACGCCGCUUCACGGUCGCCCGCUAUCACUCCCUUUAUGCACGUGUGGAAGAUGUUCCCACGAAGAACUUCAAGGUGACGGCGGUGAGCGAGGACGGGGUCGUGAUGGCGAUUGAGCAUCGCACGCUGCCCCUGGCCGCCGUUCAGUUUCAUCCGGAAUCCAUCUUGACUGACCAUGUGCACGGCCUCUCGAUGCUGCAAAAUGUGCUGCACGAGUUUACGAGCCGUGGCAAAGCAGGCUUCCAGCGACGCAAGACUGUUAUCUAGAUGACUCUGUUCGAUAAGACGUGUACCCACGUAAUGGGGCAUGUACGUCCGGCGGGGCAAAUAGCAGAGGUGAUUGAAUUAACAUCUGAUAGCC